GCAACCGGUUACUCUUCGAAGACAAAGUGCAAUUUGCGGCAACUGUCGCGGUGGGUUUGUUCAAGAGCUUGAUGAUAUAUUGAGCAUGAAUGUUGAACAUCACAACCAGAGGCCAGGUUUUAUGGAAGCAGUCUCGAAUUUUUUGAGACAGCAAGCAGCUCAAACAUCCAUUAGAAAUAACAAUUCGGACAAUAGAGGGAGAUCAGAUUCACAAGCCCAACAUAGUAAUUUGUGGAAUCCUUUGUUGAUUUUUAGUGGCGAGAUGACCAGCAAUGAUGGGCUCCUAGACCUGUUUAAUGAGGCUCUCGUGUUGAGGCGAGAGAAUGGUGGUGAUUAUUUUGUGGGCCCUGGAGUAGAAGAAUUUUUUGAACAUAUUUCAAGUGAUGACCAACGAGUCCCUCCUCCAGCUUCCAGAUCUUUAAUUGAUGCAUUGCCUACUGUGAAAAUCUUGAAGAAGCAUGUUCGCUCUGAUUCACACUGUGCUGUUUGUAAAGAAAAAUUUGAGUUAGGGUCCCAGGCGAAGAAAUUGCCCUGUAAACAUAUAUACCACUUGGACUGCAUUGUUCCAUGGCUGGAACAGCGAAGCUCGUGCCCCGUCUGUCGCCAGGAGCUGGCACCACAGAGAUCAGGUGAUGGCUCAAAUGGUCAAAACAGAAGCGGUAGUAGGAAUAUUAUGGGAAGGGAAAACAGAAACCUGAAUCGUGAAAGGCGGAGUUCAUGGUCGUUCUUAUGGCCUUUUAGGUCAUCUCAUUCCAACUCUCACCAUAACAGAACAGCUGGAAGCAGCUCAGCAUCAAACCAUCAAGAAAGUCACCAUACAGAGUACUCUCUUUGGCCUCUUGCAUAA